AUGGCAUCACCAGAGGAGGGACCCUCUGUGCCAGCACCCUCAGACGGACUGGUGAUGGAAACCAAUGGGGUCCCUGGCCAGCCCCACACACUGUACUUGGGGAACCUGAACCCACGGUACUCACCAGAGGUACUCUGUAGCAUGCUCAAGGACAUCCUGGGCACAGCAGGCCUGGUCCUCCAGCGGCACCACAUUGAGGUGGUGAAGAAGCCAAGGCAGGCCUUUGCCUUCGUGCAACUGGGCGGUGAGAUGCGCCUCGAGCACAUUGCAAAGCAGCUCCUGAUUGCUGCAGACAUGGAGCAGAGCCUCAUCAGGGAGCUGGUGGUCAAGGGGAAGACACUGGUGGUCGCAGAAGGCAAGCAAAGGGCAGCCAGCUCUCAGGAGGACAGGGAGGAGAUCGUGGGCCAAGAGCGUCUCUUCUAUGGGGCCUUCAUGGGCAGCGAGACCAGGAACGUGGAGUUCAAGCGAGGCAGUGGGGAGUACCUGAUGGGCACCCUCAAACACCAUAUCCGCAAGUAUGUGUGUGCCUUCCUCAACAGUGAAGGCGGCAGCCUCUUCGUGGGAGUGGAGGACACAGGCUUUGUGCACGGCGUUCACUGUGGGCACAGGGAGGAAGAUCGCAUCCGCUUGCUUGUUGACUCCAUUCUCAAAGGCUUUAAGCCCCAGGUGUUCCCUGACACAUAUGCCCUGACUUUCAUCCCUGUGGUAAAGGCAGGAGACCCAGGGACAUGUCUCAAGGUGAUUCGGCUGAGUGUGCAGGCACCGGGGCCGCAGAGCGAGCUGCUGCUCUAUGAGACGGACCAGGGUGAAGUAUACCUGCGCCGGGACGGCAGCAUCCAGGGCCCACUCUCUGGAAGCGCCAUUCAGGAGUGGUGCCGGCAGAAAUGGUUGGGAGAAUUGAAGAAACUGGAGGAGAAGAUAGAGGUACUGCUGAAGGAGAAGGAAAACCUGCUGCAACAACUCAACCAGCUACAGAGCCCACAGCCCAGGUCCAAAGUCUGCACCAUUGUAUGA